GGGAUUUUUCGCGAACGUUUCCCUAUUUAAACGUCGGUCGACGAGCAUUUGAGCACACAACACGUUCUGACCGUUCACAGUGCAACAACAGCACAUAUACACAGAACGUCUCUACAAACAGAAAAUCGUUUUUCGUUUUUUUCCGUUCGCCAGAAAACUAUAAAAACACCGUCAUCAUGAAGGUAAGCGCUGAACGGUUUUCAUUUUUAUAGUUAGAAAAAAAAAAACUAAACUAAACAAAUAUUUCGACAUUUAGUCUUCUUCUCAGAAGCUAAACGGAAUCAAAGUUAUUAUUAUUAUUUUUUUUUUUUACAAUUUUUUCAUUUGUUUGUAUUAUUUGUACACAGGUCGCAUGUAUCGUAUUACUUUUGGUCGCCGCAGCGCUCGCCGAAAACAAAGAAAAACGUUACGCUUUCGGAGCUUCUCCUUCUUUGGGUAAUACAUUUUAUACAUAUCACUACUUUAAGAAAAAAACGAAAAAAAAUCCAGCUAAUUCGAUCACGACUGUAGGGCGUCUCCGGUUCGUGACCAUAUACUGCAAUAGGUAUUCCUCGUACACGAGUGGUCCAUUCCGUAUAUAAAAAUACUAUAGUGUUACACGGUGAAACUGCCAAUCAUUCCUCUAAUAAUUACGGACAAACGAAACGGUAUGAAAAAAAAAAAUCCAAAAACAGCAUUCCAACGAUAUUCCGGUGUAAUUAUAAUGUAGUAUUUUGUUGUAUAUAUUUUCGUCGGUGGAGGGGGGGGGGUGUUUUUUAUUCUAUUAAAAAAAAUGAUUUUCUGAAUUAUAAAUCGUAAAUUCCUCGAACGCGUGAACUCGUAUACUUCGUAACAAUCGAUUCCGUGCAGCAUUAACUUAAAAUGUUCAGAAAAAAUUAUUCUACGGCUCGAGUCAAUUUCAAUGCCCAAAAACUUUGUCCAAUCGCACUGGAAAUCUGUACUUAUUAUCGUUAUUUCGUAAUAUAAUUAACCGCUUUUAAUGGAACGAGGCGGAAAAAACUCGAAAUUUGUUAUUGUUAACCUCUAAUACGAAGGGAUAUCUUAAUAUUGAGUUUAUAUAUACACAUAUUUUUUAAAUAAAAUUGGCAACCAUAGCAUACCGAAUUACACCGCUGCCAUAAUAAUUGGGUAUAGAUAAAUAAUCUGAUAGUAAUAUUAAUGUAUAUAGUUUGUGGCUUUUUUUUUUUUUUUGAAGCAAAUACGUAAAAUACAUUCGGAAAUUCGUUAGAUUGUCAAACAGUUGUCAGACAUUCGAAUACGAAACAUAUUUUCGUCUUAUCCGCGAUCGGGUUAAUAGAAUACAUUUUUUUCGAAAACGAUCCGAUUUUUCUCACGUCAUGCCUUUAAAGGUGCGGAAUUUCCGCCCCGUGAUACUUUGUCCGAUGCGCUUAUCGAAAUUUACGACAGUUGAUCCUCUAUGGGUCCGCUUCCAUCCCCUCCUCUCCCCGACUUUAACACUACACCGUUCAGAAUCGUUUUCCGUUCGCUACGUAUAACUUCCCGACUGGUCGCUCACGACAACGGGCCAGUGACCCGGGAGCAGUAUCAAUUUGUACAUAUUAUUUUUCACCGUCACCGUCGUACGCUCACGCGGUCAUAAUAAAUAUAUUAGCAUAAUAAAAAUAUCUAAUGCACAAAACUUCGUCACACGGCGAUAAUGUAAUUUGAUUUUUUUUUACGACAUUUCGUGGGAUGUGUACAAUACACAUCAUCCACACACAUGGUAAACGGGUAAUUUUCGCGUCUAUACUUUACGACCGUAAAACGUACACACCUAUUACUAUUAUUAUUAUUAUUAUUAUUAUUAUUGUCGUUAUUUUUCGUCGAUUUUUGAAUAGGUAAAACGAAAAGUAAAAAAAAAAUAAGUUAUCUAAAUCCACUGAAACCGCGUCGCGAUAAUAAUGUAACGCGAUUUCGCGAAUAAAAUAUGUUGUUUUUUUUUUCAUAAUAUGUAUUUAAAAUAAACGAAACGCGAAACGUUUAACAAAAAACAAAAAUCAUCUGAAUUCAGAUCGAUACGAAUAGUUUUCGGUCGAAAACUAAUACACGGUUAUUAUUAUUAUUAUUAUUAUUAUUAUUAUUAUUACUACUUUCUUAUUUUUUUUUCAAUAUUAUUCCGGAUGAUACCGUCGUAUCAGUGUGUUAUCCGCACGGUCGCGAAAAACGCUUUCGGAGCGACUCUUUCCCCCCGAACGACCCGCAGGAGGUACCCCGCACCCGCCGGUUAAAUCCGCGUCGGGGCCGCGAUACCGUCACCGAGCUCCGUCGUUCGGGUCUCGAAUAAUCUCGCGACCAUAGGCGCGUUUCGUCUCGGGACAACGAUAACGAUAAACGAGUAAAUCCGAUGUUCACGGCGUUUCGUUCCGUAUCAAUAUUUGUCAGCAUAAUGGUAUGUGUUAUUAUUAUUUAUUGUGGCGCGCGGAAGAAUAGCCGCGAUGAUAUCCUUAUUGAUACGAUAUUAUUAUUGUGCUCGGCGACUCACCUUUUUUUACCUCCGUGUUACGCGGGAAACGUUACGCAGUGUAAAACGUCGGGAAGAAUAACGCGUAGUAUUGACCCUAUAAAAAAAAAAAAAAAACGCGCAACCUCCCCGCAACACCGUAAAUAAUCGACGGACAAUGCACACUUUAGAAAACGGAUACUCGCGCGUUCCGUUCGACAUUGUUGACGCGCGACGUCAAUCGACUCUGGUCGAAAACCCACGUUUUUUUUUUUUUAUUUUUUUGUGUUCACAUAUUAUUCUAGUUGAGAAUCUACAGCCUUUUUACUUCGCCAAAAACUUCGGGUCGUUUUUAUCGAUUUUGCUCUUUGAUUUACGUUUUUUUUUCUGUACGGUUAAAUUGUUCGUUAUUAAUUUAAUUUAUAUUUAUUUUUUCAGGAUACCAAUCGGCUUCAUACCCGGCAUCUUACUCGGCAUACUCUGUGGGUGCGUUACCGGCAGCGUCCUUCUCGGCUUCCCCCGUUUUCUCUAAAUCUACACACCCCUCGUCUUACUAUUCCGCUUACCCGUCUUCCUACGCCGCCGGCUCCGCCGCUUUCCCGGCUUCCUACUCAACCUACUCCGCCGCCGCCCCGGCCUCUUACUCGGCCUACUCUGCCGCCGCCCCGGCCUCUUACUCAGCUUACUCUGCCGCCGCCCCGGCCUCUUACUCAGCUUACUCUGCCCCAGCCUCCUACUCGGCCUACUCCGCCCCAGCCUCCUACUCGUCCUACUCCGCCCCAGCCUCCUACUCGUCUUACUCCGCCGCCGCCCCAGCCUCCUUCUCGACUUACUCCGCCCCAGCCUCCUUCUCGGCCUACUCCGCCCCAGCCUCCUUCUCGUCGUACUCCGCCGGUGUUUCUCCACUCGCCUACUCGGCUUACUCCGCUGCCGCCCCGGCUUCGUACUCAAGCUACUCUAAUGCCGCUCCAGCUUCGUACUCGAGCUACUCUACUGCCGCCCCAGCUUCGUACUCAGCUUACUCUACUGCUGCCCCAGCAUCUUACUCGUCAUACUCCACCGUCGCACCACCAGCCUACUCGGCAUACUCUACUGCUGCUCCAGCAUCUUUCUCCUCAUACUCCACGGCAUCUCCAAUAGCGCAUUCUGCCUACUCUGCUGCUCAACCGAUCGCUCUCAGCGGAAACGCUUACAGUAGCAACGCUGGAUUCGCAGCUGCAAAAUCUUUCAGCGCACCACAAUUACUCGGCUCUCAAACUUUCGCCAUCAACAAAUAGAUCACUACAAGCAAACACUUACGAAUCAAAAAUAUUACUGGGCAAAUCAAUCAAUAAAUAAUAAUGUGUGCAUUUAAAAUAUUCAAAUAAAUAUGCAUUUCUUUUGAAAAACAGAUUUUACUUUAAAUAA